AUGGCGCCUAUCCGUUCCUGUGUACGGCGAGUACCCGCAUUAAUUUUCUGCCUCUACGUGAUAAUCUUGCAUGGCUUGGUUGUGGGCGCCCCACCUACAGAUGGUAAUUCGGAGAGUGGAGCAUCCACGGCAGGAGGGCUUGCAUUCUAUGCCGAUAAUGCAGAUUUUUAUCGUAAAGUCGCAGUUUUGGAAUCACUUUCGUGGCCUUGUAAGGAGUUUUUACUUUGUUUGAAACUAUUAUUGCCGGAUAUACUGCUGUCUAACGCUCCACCUGAAGUUAAAGAAGCAGAUGCAAAUGAAUGUCGUCAACUCAUACUUGAUGUUCAAAGUGUGAGCACUGCACAUGGCAAUUACACCGAAUUGAGAAAGAUGCUUGAUGAAUACCGCGCAAUAACCAGGGGCCUUCAAAGGAAACAUAUAACGCCAGAAAGGGUUGCUGAACUUAAAAACGCUUUGAAGGAUAUAGAAGAGCGCUUCAAAGGUAAACAAAAGGCGGCAUCCGACAUCUUGACAUUCAAUAGGCUGUCGUAUUACAGAGACACCGCAAGAAGUAUAAGAGAACUGUUUCGAAAACACAAGGCCCAGACGCCAACGUCGCCUGAUUCUCAUGAUCAAGGGUCAUCGGCGGAUAGAGGGGCGAAUGCAGCAGAACUCGAACCAGAUUUAGCGGGCGGUGCAGGAGGGCGCCAUAGUGGUGGAGGCAAAAUUACCCCAGACUCUGACUCAGGCAAUGAAACGAUGCGGACAUUACUCAACGACAACUCUUUAUUAACAAGGUUAGAUAAAGUUCAAGCAGAUGCAGAGAAAAUAGAUGACAUAUUACGCGACCUUACGAGGGAGGCACGGGAUAUAAUCCCAGAGGACAUUCAAUAUCACUAUGACACGUAUUGUGAAGAGUUCAUACGGAUAAGGGGCGCAUGGGAUAUUUACAGGCAUUACAACGAUAUCACUGAUAAACUGAAAAGGAUAGAUCCGGCAUCUCCUCAAGCAUCCGAAUUAAUAGCCGAGCAACGGCAACUGGAGAUUGCAUUCGAUGAGUACGCAUAUGUCGUAAAUAGCUUAUACCUGGGGGAGUUGGAGCGAAACGUGUCGCAGAUACUGUUUAGGUUGAAGCCAGUUAGAGGCAACAGGAAUCAAGCCCAAGCUAGACAUACGGUGAACGCAGCCUCGGCAAGGACACCCAAUACGAUUGAGACUGCGCCCAAAACAGGGGCACUAGAACCAAAGGGAGACACAACCACGCCAAUGGUUGACACUCAAACAGCAACCAUAAACACUGCAGAAAUAGCACAUCAAGCGGAAUCCGCGCCCGCACCAGAAAGAACUAACACGAAUGGGAACACAGCCACUUCCAACCCAGAACAAAGCAAAACGGAGGAGCCUGUGCCACCAUCACGAACACUGGAAUCGCAGGCCAAAGCAGCAACACCACCACAGGAAGUCAAGCCCGAAACAGAAACGGCCAAGAGGAGCAAAACCAUAAGAUCAGGAACAAAGCCGAAUGGAGUCACCAGUACCUCCAUAGCACAGCUGGGCAAAACAGAGGAGGCAGUAAGCACACCCUUUACUUAUCCUACCGAGGCAAAGAAAUCCGCACCCUUACAACACCCAACCAAGGCGAAUGAUACCACACCUCCACCACAGGCAAGCAAACAGCAGGAACCUACACCCAAGCUAGAGCCAACAAGUAUGCAGGGCACGGGUGGAGGGAAAACCGCAGUUGGACUGGAUACAUCACAAACCACAGAGGGAAAUGUCGGCAAUAUACGUGACACGAAGGAUAGCAAAAUGUCAUCGGGGCAUCUGAUAGUAGGAAGAACGGUUAUUCAAAUCAUGGUAGCUGUUGUUCUAAUGGCGGCCCUAUGA